AUGGAUGAUGGGAUACUUCAUGUCGAAUCUUAUGUGGCUACUUCAAUGGUUUUACCACCACCAACAUCAUCCAUACUUACUUAUGUUCCAACAUCGACUAUCUUACAAACAUUUUUUGGUGUCAUGCAAGAACCAAUCACCACUCUAUUCUCAUCUCAAUCAACUAAAAAGUCAAAUCAAGAAGCUGGAGCAAAUAAUGAUGAUAUCAUGGUUUCAUUUGUUAAAAUUCAAUUCAACCCAGAAGAAGAAAAUAUUCCUGAUGAACUCAUCAUGUCAGCUUUUCAUUCAAAGAGCAUUGAUUAUGAAAUUCAGAAACUUCGUGAUGUUACCAAGGAAUGUCAUGAACUCUUCGUUGAAAAGGUGAGUACAAUGAAGGAGUCUCUUGAUCUCAAAGUUGCUGAACUCAAAUCCAUGUUGUCGGAAAAAGUAAAAAAGAUGGAGGAAAACUAUAAAUUGUUGCAUGGCAAAGUCGAUGUCAUUGUUGAUGCCAUCACUCGAUUGGUUGAUUUCAACAAUGAAUACACUAAAUAG